GAACGGCUCUUCUUCUACGUCCCGGUGUGCUGAGAGCUGCUGUUUCAGUUCACCACCGCAUCCGAGCAGCUCAGUCCUCCUUCUCUUUAGGUUUAGGCGUGACCUCGGGUUUUGAUGUAAAGUGCCAACCUUUUUGAUACUCCUUCUUGUUUUACCCUCAGCCUCACCGGGGAGACCACGCCAGGGCGGCGGAGAGCGAAGUUUAAACCUGGAUCUGAGGUUACACGAUCCCAGACAUAGCCUUCGCUAUAAUUGUAGUUAUUUUUAUUUUUGCGAGGGAGAAGGUCAUCAUCGACUUCAGUGAAGUUUUACCGGCCCCCGAGAGAGAGGACAACACAUCCGCCCGGCAUCAUGACUAGGAGAUCCUGUGCCAUUUACGCCACCGGGAUCGUGUGCGCUCACCUCCUGAUUGUGGGGAUCGCGCUGGUUGUGGCUCAAGUAUUUCAAACAAUGAUACACAGCCGGCUAAAAAAGGAAAUUACUUUGACAGAGAAGAGCCAAGUGUUUGAGGCAUGGAAGAAUCCACCCCCACCUGUGUAUAUGGAGUAUUACUUCUUCAAUGUGACCAAUCCAAAGGUGUUCUUGGCAGGCGGGAAGGCAGCUGUGACACAGAUAGGACCCUAUACUUACAGGGAAUACAGGCCGCGGGAAAACGUCACUUUCCUGGAGAACGGCACCAAGAUUUUCGCCCUGAACCCCAAAAGUUUUGUGUUUGUGCCUGAGAAGUCAGCCGGUAACCCUGAGGUUGACAUCAUCAGGACUGUCAACAUCCCGUUUGUGGCGGUGAUGAACGAGCUAAACUCCUACUCCUUCUUCCUGCGAUCUAUUGUUUCCAUGUACAUUAAUAGCCUGGGCAUCGAGAUAUUCAUGACCCGCACCGUCCACGAGGUCCUGUGGGGCUUCAAAGACCCUCUUCUCACAAAGAUCCACUCCAUGAAGCCUGAAGUGGAUGAAUAUUUUGGGCUGAUGUGGAAGAAAAAUGGCACCCAUGAAGGAGAGUUUGUGUUUCACACGGGCGAGGAGAACUACUUGGAUUAUGGCAAGAUCGACACAUGGAACGGUCUGAGGGAGAUGUCUUGGUGGUCUUCCAAUCAGAGCAACAUGAUUAACGGUACAGACGGCGCAGUCUUCCACCCUCUGAUAAACAGGAACGAGUUGCUCUACAUCUUCGCCGCUGAUCUCUGCAGGUCUAUCCAUCUAGCUUAUGUUAAAGACGUGGAUGUGAAAGGCAUCCAGGCGUACCGCUUCGCACCCCCUAGUGACGUACUCAUGAGCCCCAAUGACAACCCCACUAACGCAGGCUUCUGCGUGCCAGCUGGAGACUGUCUCGGCACCGGGGUGCUUAAAGUCAGCGUUUGUCGAGAAGGCGCUCCCAUUGUGGUGUCUUUCCCCCACUUUUAUCAAGCGGACCCGAAGUACAUCAAUGCUGUUGACGGGCUCAGCCCCAACAAGGAGGAACACGAGACGUACCUCGACCUGCAACCGACUACAGGGGUUCCCAUUCGUGCCUGCAAGAGAGCUCAGCUCAAUAUCAUCCUGAAGAGAGUCGAAGGCUUCCCCAAAACCAAGUUCAUCAACGAGACCAUUUUCCCCAUCAUGUUCGUAAAUGAGACGGCCACUAUUGACGAUGAGUCGGCAUCCCAAAUGAGGACGCUGCUCCUAAUCGUGACUCUUGUGUCAAACUUCCCCGUGCUCAUUGUGGGCAUGGGCAUCAUCCUGCUGCUGGUGCUGGUCGUAUUGUUCUGCCGAAACCGCCAGAAGAAGAAUGAAGUAAAACGUAUUGAUUUUACUGAAGCUUUUCAUUCUUUUACUACGGUGAAGGAUGAUACUGCCUACACUCAGGUCAGCGACAAACCCGACGAGCCGUCAGAAACGCCAGCCAAUCAGCCGAUGAGAAACGGCUCCUACAUUGCCAUGUCUCCAGUGGAGGCCCAGAAGUGUUGAUCAAGGAUCCCCUCUCCAAGUGUGGAGCUCAGGAUGGGGGCUGAGGGAGCAGCACAUGGGUGUUACAUUACCACGGGUGGGGGGUUUACAUACACAGUGGGAUCAUUUUCACUUAUUUUGAGGGGCGGUGGGGAGGAUAGGGAAAGGGGUGGGACACAAGCAACAGUAAACGUUUAGUCAACAAAGACAUUGCUCCUCACUGAGCCCUCUUAUGACUGUCUGCCCUCCUCUACUCUACCUGCUGAGCAUGGCUCUCACUGCCUGCCGUACUGCAACACCAACUCCCACACGCUAUUCCUCAUUUCUGUCCUGGUUUGGUCCAAAACAUGAAGGGACUCUGGAUGGGCUCGGCCAGGACAAGCCUUUGUCCGUAAUUCUUCUGAGGGAACACGGUAGCAUAGCUAUUGCUGUUGUACACGGACGCACGAUCUUCGGAGCCGACCCUGCCGACUAAUGUGGCUCAAAGGAGGGUUUAGUAUUCACCCAAACAACAGUGGGUUUUGUUACCAUCGUAUUUCAGCUCUUGUCCUCUCCAUCAGUGGCUUUGCGUGAGGAGAGAACUUAAAGCCAACAGAUUUGAAAAGCUCCCGUAAAACGUAAUGCUUAAGACAAAACUCUCUGAGCUCCUGGGCGAAGAGGAGAAAAUGGUUUUGUUAACAAAACUGAACUCAACAUAUCCUUUUUGUUAUAAAAAGAAAAAUCUGAGCCAAAAUAUUUAUAACAUCUUAGCCUUUUUAUUUUUAUUUUUUCCUCUUAAUUAGUGCACCCACACACAUAGACGCGCCACACUUCCAGUAUCGGUUAGUGAAAGUGUGUAUACCUUUUUUGUCUUACACUUCAGUGUCCUGUUUUGAUGGACAAUGGGCAACUAUUUUCUUGAUGCAGACACAGUGUAGUGUGACACCUGGAAUGCUUCCUUGAGCCUGUCAGCAUCACCC